UCUCCUAAAACUACCAGAGAAAGAUAUCAUGGAGUCUCGCAGCAGUACUUCACUCGUCUCAUCUCUCCUUCUCUCUCUCCUUCUGGUCUUGCCUUCUCUCCCGUCCCUCACUCUCUCCGCUUCCUCCUUCCGUUGCAACACACACGAUUAUAAUACUCUCUUGGGUAUAAAGAAAGCCCUGAACAAUCCUUACGACAUCAUCGCCUGGCUUCCCAACGUCGACUGCUGCGACUGGCCUGGCAUUACAUGCGACGAAAACACCAACCGCGUCACCCAAUUUGAUAUCUCCCAUAGCAACUUGUCUGCCGAAAUCCCCCCUGCCGUCGGCAACCUCACCUACCUCCAGUACCUGACCUUCCACAAGAACCCCGGCCUUCAUGGUUCCAUCCCCUCCACCAUCACCAAACUUGUGCACCUCAAAUUUCUCCGUUUUAGCUGGGACGGCCUUUCCGGUCCAAUCCCAGAAUUCCUGGGUCAGCUGAAAAACCUGGAAUACUUGAAUCUAGAUUUCAACCAAUUCUCUGGUUCAAUCCCAGAUUCCCUUGGCUACCUCCCCAAGUUGUCAGCUCUUUUCCUUGACAGGAACAAACUCAGCGGACCCAUACCCUAUUCGUUCGGAGGAUUUAAAACCAGUGACUUCUAUCUGAUUCUCUCCCACAACCAGCUCUCCGGUGAGAUCCCCUGUUCACUGGGUGCUGUGGACUUGACGAAAAUCGACCUUUCCCAUAACCAGCUCGUCGGGGAUGCAUCGACGUUGUUCGUCCCAAAUGGAAAUUUGCAGACAAUCGACUUGUCAAGGAACAAAUUUGACUUCGUCCUUUCGGGAGUGAAGUUUCCGAAGACGUUGAUAUACCUGGAUCUGUCGCACAACCACAUCCAUGGGAGUAUACCCAAGGAGAUAAUCAAAUUAGAGCUGCAAACCUUAAAUGUGACUUAUAACGGACUGUGUGGAAGGAUCCCGUAUGGUAAGAACAUGAAGAGGUUUGAUUAUGACUCCUUCUUCCAUAACCCCUGUUUGUGUGGAAAGCCUCUCCCUAGUUGUAAGUAGAUCUAGCUACCUUCUACGUACGUCGGCCAUGGAUGGUAAUGAUGGAAUAAUGAAUUUUCCGGCCUGAACGGUUGGUUGCCGGGAAAUUGCAAUUUCGAAUGCUAUGUUCCAAUUAUAUUGUUGUAAUAAGUAUGUAAGAGAGAUAUAUUGUAGUAUUUUAAUUAUCAUCAACG